AUGUCAUUCCUGCCCUAUAAUCCAAUAGAGACCAUGCAAACGCCUCCAAAACCUUGCAGCCGCCCUCCUGCCAUGCCAACAUCGCCGGGUCUUCAGUGGCAAUGCCAAUCCCAAAACAGCAAGUCCAUGCGGAUCGAUAAGCCCGUUAUCGCGGCAGCGGCAAAAAGUCCGCUGGGAUUCAGUGGUGUCGAUAUCCCGAUGCCGGAUCACAGAUCACAGGCCUAA